AUGCGCGCUUCGGUCGGUCUCGCCUGCUUCCUCUUGGGCCUAGCGGCGGCUUGGGACCAGCAGCCCGACGGCUACGAAGUCAUCGACGGCCCCGCUAGCCCCGAGGCUCUGGACGAAUGGCGUCGCGACUGGACCACCUGGAAGAAGAUGGAGCUGGCCACCAACCGCUACAACCCGAGCGACGCCUGCAACGUGUACAACAUCAAGGAGACGCAGUGGACGCAGCAGAACUUCGUGCAGGUCUUUCUCAUGAUGAACGACCGCGACAUCUACGACCGCGAGACGCAGCAGUACACGGUGGACAAGUACGUGGACGGCAUGCAGAAGCGCGUGGGCACCGUCGACAGCGUCUUGAUCUGGCCGGCGUACCCGAACAUUGGCGUGGACAACCGCAACCAAUGGGACCUGCUUCGGGAUCUACCUGGGGGCGUGGAUGGAGUCAAGGGGGUCAUCGCCGACUUCCACCGUCGAGGCAUCAAGGUCAUCAUCCCGUACAACCCCUGGGACGCCGGCACACGCGACGAAGAGGGGCUCGAGACCAUGGUGCGCAUGUACAAUGCCGACAUUACCACGUUGAGUGAGACGAUCCCGGAGCUGCAAGCGGACGGCUUCAAUGGCGACACCAUGUACGGCGUGCCCAAGUCCUUCUACAACUGCAGCCAGCCGCUGGUCGCGGCCCCCGAGGGUGGCGUGCCCACCGCGUACUUGAGCCACAACCCGAUGAGCUGGGGCUACUACUACGGCUUCUCGCACUUCCCGCCCGUGGCUCGCUCCAAGUUCCUCGACUCGAGGCACAUGGUGCAGGUCUGCGCGCGUUGGUCGCUGGACAGGACGAACGAGCUGCUCAUGUCGUUCUUCAACGGCGCCGGCUACGUGGUCUGGGAGAACGUCUGGGGCAUCUGGAACGCCAUGACCGAGCGUGAAGAUGAGACCGUCAAGCGGAUGUUCGCCAUCUUGCGCAAGUUCGGAGCCAUUGUCGCUACUGGAGACUGGACUCCGUACUACGCCAUGACCUCCGACGGACUGUACGCUAGCGUGUUUGCGUCCAAGAAGAGCGGCCAAGCGCUCUACACCUUCAUCAGCACCGCGGAGAACGCCACGACCUACAAACUCUCGCUCACUGCAGCGCAGUCGGGAGACGAUGUGCGCGUGUUCGACGUUUACCACGGAGUGGAGCUCCAGAAGAAGGCUGGGGGCAACGGAUCCGUUGUUCAGGUGGAGCUGGAGCCGCGCGCGUUCGGCGCCAUCUACGUCACCAAGUCUAGCGACGACCUGGCGGAGUUUCUCGGCCAAAUGAAGACGAUGACGGCCAAGCCGCUGGCGAAAUACUCCACGACGAGGAACUUGCUCCAGCAGCAACUCGUUCGCAGCAACAGUACCAAUACUACCGUGACCUCAGGAACCGAGACAAAUACCGACGACAUGGUCCGCGUCGCUGGUACUGAGAACUGGUGGUUCAACGUCAGCGGCGUGCAGAUCGAGCCCGUGUCGGCCUGGACGCCCAACUUCGCGCAAUUCGGAACUGGAGUGCAGUUCCCCUGGGAGAACCGCCCCUGGAACAACCACUCGGCGCGUUUGUUCGUCCAGGACUUCCUCAUCGACAAGCACCCGGUGACCAACGCUCAGUACAAGACCUUCCUCACGGCGAGCGGCUACACUCCUAAGACGGUGGACCGAUUCCUGCUGCACUGGGAGAACCGCAACGGCGCCCCUGCGUCCUGGAGCAUUCCUUCGGGUUUGGAGCAAAGCCCCGUGGUGAAUGUCGCCCGGGAGGACGCUGAAGCGUACGCUUCGUACUACGGCAAGCGUCUACCGCAUGACUGGGAGUGGCAGUACGUCGCCUCCAAUGGUGAGAGCUACGAUGCGUACCCGUGGGGACCCCAGCUGGACACCACCCGACUGCCGAAGGUUGUUCAUGGCAAGGAACUGCCGACGCUGAGUCCCGUAGGAUUGUUCCAGAGCGCGCGCUCGACCAAGUUUCUCGUGGAAGAUCUAGUGGGCUACGUGUGGCAGAUGACCGACCAGUUCUGCGACGCGCACACGUGCGGAGUUGUUCUUCGAGGCGGAAGCAGCUACUACCCGAUCUCCGCCACGCACAGCGAUCCCAACUGGUACUUCCCGCAAGCUCUGGACUCCCAGCACCACAACCGCUUCCUCACGAUCAGCGAAGGCUACGACCGCUCGCCCAUGGUCGGCUUCCGCUGCGCGAAGAGCAUCACCCCGUCUCGCGAGUUUGACGUUGUGGCGUAA